AUCACAGUAAUUUUAUUCAACUUCUCUGUAGCCGUUUCAAUAAGUCUCCUCCGCGGGUGCUCAUGCUUGCAAGUGCUAACAAAGUUGUGACAGUCAGACUUAACGGGUCAAUAAAGAUCCGUGUGAGCGUGCUAUUUUGGAUGUACUCGUUUCGUGCGAACUUCCCAGGGUCGACUGGGUCAGUCUGCUAUCCUGCUGUGGAAUCACUGGACUUAGGAUGCCUCCUGCGGUGGGAUUGUCCCCAUGCCAGCCCUAAUACCACCUAUACCGUGCAGACAAAGAUACAGGGGGACCCCUGGCAGGACGUGCCGUGGUGCGUUUGGGUAUCAUCCCGCAGCUGUGACGUCUCGCAGGCCUUCUCAAACUUUGAGCUGUACAACAUGGUUCGUCUGGGCGUCCACCUCAGCCCCAUCUCCACCGUCUGGAUGAAGCCACGCAAGUUUGACUACAGUGACUUCACCUUCAGCCCUCCCUCUGUCUCAGCCUCUCUGGAAGACGACCAGCUGCUGGUGAAGGUGCAGUUCCCCUGUGCGGCCAACAGGAGGUGCUCUCUGGGGAGGUGCUGUCCCAUCUCUGAAAUGAUUGACCCCUGGACCACAGUGACUGUGUACAACGAGCUCAAUCACUCUGAGUACCAGAGCCGUACGGUUUGGACCCAGGAAGUGGUGUCCCAUGUAGAGUUCUCUGGUUUGGCUCCAGGUCAGAACUACUGUGCUGUGGCCAACUUCUCCUUCCCGACCUUCUCCAUGGCUGCUUCCCCAAAAUCUGCUCCUCAGUGUGUGGAAACUCUUUCCAAAUCAGUUCUGCUGCCUGCUUUGUGUCUGGGCAUCGGGCUGACUUCUCUGCUCCUUCUUCCACUUCUCACUGUGUUUCUGAGAAGACUGAGCCGAGCUGCACCAACCUCUGAAAAUCAACCCAAGCCUCCGGCGUCCGUUCAUGAUCCAGUCUCUUUGGUCCCCCUUUCUCCGGUCCCUGUCGACACUUGUGACAUCCACCUGGAAUUCACUGAUGACCAAAUCUCCGUCGAAUCCUCCUGUAACCAGGGCCAGACCUCGACACGCACCAGGGAUCCUCUCCAUUACCAUCCCAGCUCAGGUUCAGUGUACUGGGACAGCGGCUGGAAGGAGCUGGAGCGAGGCCCGGACUCUGGUAUCGGCAUCCCACUCGUCUUCUGAGGAGACAUGUGGGACAAAUGGAGACUGAAAGACUGAGCGCCAUCUUACAUUGCCCCGUCGGAGCUUUGCUGCCUCUUACCCGUGACCGACACCUCAUCCCGCCUCCUGCAUGAAACCAGGGAACAUCUUGACAACUCGCUUUUCUGCCUUCUGUUUUGCUGGUGUUGCAUUCUUUCCGCAACAUUGGGGAGCCUUCGGGGCAUUGUUUGUUUCCCGUUCCACUUUUUCCAGAGUCCACAGAGACCUGGGGGGUUAUCCAAAGCUCCACGUACAAGCCAGUGUGUAUGGCUUUUAUUAAUAAGCACGGUGCUUGUGGAGAGAUGAUUAAUGUAUGAAGCAAGAAAGCUGGCUUGUGUGAAUGAGCACCUGACUACACAACAGUGGAGCCGGUAGAUGUUUGUUUUUCUGCUAUUUGCAGUAAUAUUUCCAUGAAUAUCCAUUGAUGUGGAUUUAAUUCUGCUUGUCAUCUGGUUGUGUGUGUGUAUUGUGACAUGCACAUGUCUUGUGGAGUGAACUGCAGUGUGUUUCUGAGGUGGCCUUCUUUUAUAUUGAUGAUAGACAGAAUACUGUGUGUAUUUACUAAAGCUAAUAACAAAUCAUGUAAAGGUGUAUCGAGGUUAUCAAACCAUGGUUCUCUUAUGUUGAUAUGAGAUUAAAAACAAAUUUACCAGCUCAAUUAAUCAGUUAAAUCUUGAUCUAAAUGUCAUAUAAAUGCAAUUUGUUUAAAACUGUUAUUGCAC